AUGACUUCUGGUCAAGUUAGCCAAGCUGAUGCCAACCUCUGGCUCGCCUAUGGUACCAAGCUCAAGAGCCAGUUCUUGCAAGGUGGCCUCGGACCUGAUGAGCAUUUCUACAUCGCUCCCAUCUCUGCUGCUGGCAUUGCUGCUGGCGCGCGUGUCGACCAGAACGUCACCAACUACGGCAUCUACAAUGUUGCCGACAGUCUUCUGUCCUUGAAGAGCCCCGUGUUCUUGCCAACUCGCGAUAGCUACUCCAAGCGAGCUCUGCAAUAUUCUGGUCAAGUGUUCCUGGACCCAGAUGGCAAUCAGGGUGCCGCUGUCCGCUACAAGAAUGCUCAAGACGCCUACACCCAAGCCAAUCAGGAUCUGGCAGACGCCAAGAAGCAGGCUCUGGCUGACUGGAAAUCAGACACCAAUGAUGGAAUCACCACUGACUCCUUUCCUGUUUGGGCAUCUAGAAAUGCUCCAGGAUAUGCAUCUGCCGAAUCAGCGCAGAGAGCUGCUGCAGCUGAAAUGAGUGCCGCAAGCGCUUCCAUCAAGGGUCCUAACGCUGCAGUUCUUGGUGGCAUCCAAACCAAUUUGCAAAGCGCUUUGGGAACCAAUAUUGUUCCUGGGUUUACCAUGAACGUUUCUGCUUGCCCGGCGAAUCAAGUCGGUGCCAAGACCACAGGUACCCCGUUGGCCACAUUUGUCAAUCCACUUUACAGCAUUGACGCUACAUACUCUGCGAAUGUCGAUAACUGGAUCGCUACCUAUACUCAGAACUUGAAGUCCCCUAUCAAGUUCAGUUUCAACGCUAGCCAAGCUUCAAGCACUGAUUGGGGCAGUCUUGGCUUUUCUCAGGACUCUGUUGAGGUCAAAGGAUCAUAUGCCAUCUUCUUCACGGCCACCUACUAUGAGAACAAUCAACAGGUCACCAAGCACAUGACUGCCGAGGAAGCUGGCUCUGAUCUUGAGAUCACCUUGACUGCCACGGGAUUUGGCUCUUACAAGGUUCAGCCAGGCAAUUGGAAUCCAGCUGGUCUUUUCAAGAUGCCACUCGUUGACAACGCUGAUCAAUCCCUUCGCGAUCCAUCCGCCUAUGUCACCACCGCCAUCCUCGCAUAUGGUGUUGGCCUCUCCGUUAAGCUCAGCUCCACCGCCUCCAGCCAGAUUCACGACUACAUCUCCAAGGCAUCUUCCUCUGGUGGAUCUGCAUCUAUUUUUGGCUUCAAUAUUGGCCUUGGUGGCUCGGCCGAGAAGAGCAAUACUUCCACUGUCAAUUUCGACGAUGUCAAGAAUGCUAGCUCGGGCACCACCGUCAACAUUCCUCCUUCUGACAAUAGUUAUCCAACGUUGUUGGCCGUCGUUGGUACUUCGCUUCCAAUCCCACCUAAUAAUUAA